GCUCGGGAGGCGGCCGAGGGUUGUCCUGGUUGCCCUUUGGAUCUGGGAGUGCUCCGCUUCCGCCGCCAUUGCCUCUUCCUGCUGAGCUUCCUUGCCGGGCAGGGCUGCGGGGUUUAGCGAGCGAUGACGACGGUGCGGAGAGAGACGUUCGGGAGGAUGCCCCCGGAGGAGGGAGGCGGAGAGGUGGAGAAGUUCGUCUUACAGUCGGACAGCGUGAGAGUGGAGAUCCUGUCUUUUGGGUGCAUCAUCGCCACUCUGGAGACAAAAGACAGGGAUGGGCACUUUUCAGAUGUUGUCCUAGGAUUUGACACUUUAGAAGGUUACACGAGGAAGCACCCAUUCUUUGGUGCUGUCGUGGGCCGUGUUGCCAACAGGAUUGCCAACGGGAGGUUCAGCCUGGACGGGAAGGAGUACCAGCUGUUCCUCAACAACGGGCCCAACAGCCUGCACGGAGGAGCCAAGGGAUUUGACAAGGUUCUCUGGAGCCCCCAGGUGCUCCCCAAUGGUGUCCGCUUCUUCCGGCUGAGCCCCGACGGCGAGGAAGGCUACCCUGGUGACCUGAAAGUCUGGGUGACCUACACCCUCAGUGGCAGGGAGCUGGCCAUCAACUACCAGGCCCAGACCAGCAAGACAACCCCCAUCAGCCUGACAAACCACGCCUACUUCAACCUGGCAGGGCAGGGCUCCCGGGAUGUCUAUGACCACGAGAUCUCCAUUGAAGCAGAUUCCUACCUGCCUGUGGACGACACCAAGAUCCCCACUGGGGAGGUGGCUGCCGUGCAGGGCACUGGGUUCGAUCUCCGGCAGCCCGUGGAGCUGGGCAAGCACUUGCAGAAGUUUCACCUGGACGGCUUCGACCACAACUUCUGCCUGCACCAGGGGCAGGACCGACGCCUUGUGGCCAGGGUUUUCCACCCGCCCAGCGGCAGGACCAUGGAGGUUCACACCACCCAGCCUGGCAUCCAGUUUUACACCGGGAACAACCUGGAUGGCUCCCUGAAGGGCAAAGGUGCUGCCACGUACCCCAAGCACUCGGCUUUCUGCCUGGAAACCCAGAACUGGCCCGACGCUGUCAACAAGCCUCACUUCCCCAAAGUCCUGCUCCAUCCGGGUGAGGAGUACAACCACACCACGUGGCUCGUGUUCAACACUGCUUGAGGAGAAGGGCUGCCCACUCCCACCACUGAGAGGGGACUUGCACUUCGUUGAGGGCUUCCUGAUGGUGAACGGCUGAAAGGAAAAGAAUCCACAAUUAACAUUUCAGUAGUGGCUUAGGAAUCACACACAGGAAAAAGCAACAUGAGUACAGCCAGACUGGCUCCCUUUGAGCACUCCUUUUAAAUAAAAUAACCAAUGACUAUUGACCAAAGUUGCUGAUCUGGAGAGAACGCUUUUGUUCUUUGCUGUUCUUUUUAAAAGGAGAUCACUGUAAGGCCAUCUAAAAAGUAUUACUUAUAGUGACCUCCCAAGGGGCAAGGUAAUUCUUCCCUGUUCUGAUACAGCAGCUUGUCAAAACCUGCCAUGGUGACCACUCAGCAUUAAUGAGCACUUACUCAUGCCCUCGUGAUUGAUUGACACUAAAGUUGUAAAAAUGAACUAUUAAAGAAUUCUAAUUAG